UAAUUCAUUUCAUUUCCAAUAAUAGUUACCCAGAAACUCAGACCCGGGGCUCCGAACAGUUGGAUCCAGUUCAAUGGAUGGGAGCGGAAGAAUUACCAGGUCCGGCCGGUUGGCGUACGCUCUUCUUGGCCUCCUGCUUUUGAGCUUGCUGAGCCGUACAUCGGCGCUCUCGGUCACGGUAAACGACAUCGAGUGCGUCUACGAAUACGUAUUGUAUGAAGGCGACACCGUCUCCGGGAACUUCGUUGUCGUGGAUCACGAUAUCUUCUGGAGCAGCGAUCAUCCUGGCAUUGACUUCACUGUGACAUCUCCUGCAGGUAAUACUGUGCACACUUUGAAAGGAACAUCUGGAGACAAAUUUGAGUUUAAGGCCCCUAGAAGUGGAAUGUACAAGUUUUGCUUCCACAAUCCUUAUUCUACACCAGAAACAGUCUCUUUCUAUAUUCAUGUUGGCCAUAUUCCAACUGAACACGAUCUUGCCAAGGAUGAACAUUUGGACCCCAUUAAUGUAAAAAUUGCUGAACUGAGGGAGGCACUGGAAUCUGUUACCGCAGAGCAGAAAUACUUGAAAGCACGUGAUGCUCGCCAUCGCCAUACAAAUGAGAGCACAAGGAGGCGCGUCAUAUUUUACACUGUUGCAGAAUACAUUUUGCUAGCUCUUGUAAGCGGCCUUCAGGUUGUAUACAUACGUAAAUUGUUCAGCAAGUCAGUGGCAUACAACCGUGUUUGAUGAAAAUCGCCAAACUGUCGGCUUUUCCUCUCCUCAAUUUGGUUCCUCGUUGUUAUAACAGUACUAGUUAAGGAGGAAACUGUGACAUGGUUUGUUAUAAUUUAUUUGAGUGGUGUUCUUGUUCCUCAGAACUCCUCGAGAUAGGUGGAUUUAGGUAGCUAGAUAAUCUGGAUAAAUGUGAAAUACUUCACUUUUAGUUGUAAUAGGGGAUGAUGAGUUUUUUUUGGCAGGUAGAUACAUUACCUUCUUCUCAUAGAGCA